CGCAACCUCGCACCCCGCGCUGCCGCGUGUGUACUCUGGUCGUAGCAGUAGUUCGUCGCUCUUGUUCACUCCCCAGCGGUGAGAACGUGAGAAAAUUCUGGAGUUUUUUCUUGAUCUGGCCACUGGUUUUUUGCGCCAAAACAGGAGGUUUUCUCCCCUUGGCGUGCCAGAGGUUCUUGGCGAGUCUAGAAGCACUGCACUUCUUCGUUCUUCCAACUUCCAUCCAUCCAUCCAUCCAUCCACAUUCCACCGCGACCGCGAGCCAUAAAACCGGCGCGGCGAGGAUCUCCGACGCAGAGCCAAAAGCUAAAACCUCUCCGUGUCACACGAGCCGAAGAAAAUGCGCGCGACGACCCCGACCCCCUCGCUGCUCAUCGCCCCGAGGCCGCCGCGGCUCCGCUCCCUCCCCGCGGGGGCGGCCUCCACCUCCCGCCUCCACGCCCGCGGCGUGGGCCGUCCUCGCACCCGCAUGCGCGUGGCAGCGCCGCCGUCCGCCCCGGGUGAGGCGGCGGAGCAGCAGGCGGAGCCGAGCACGUCGGCGUCCGAGUCCGGCGAGAAGUUCUCGUGGAGGGAUCACUGGUACCCGGUCUCCCUCGUCGAGGACCUCGACCCCAGCCGCCCCACCCCGUUCCAGCUCCUCAACCGCGAUCUCGUCAUCUGGAAGGACCCCAAGUCCGGCGAGUGGGUCGCGCUCGACGACCGCUGCCCCCACCGCCUCGCUCCGCUCUCGGAGGGGAGGAUCGAUGAGACGGGGUGCUUGCAGUGCUCGUACCACGGCUGGUCAUUCGACGGCUCCGGCGCCUGCACCAGGAUCCCGCAGGCCAUGCCCGAGGGUCCCGAGGCCCGGGCGGUGCGGUCGCCGAAGGCGUGCGCGACCAAGUUCCCCACCCUCGUCUCCCAGGGCCUGCUCUUCGUGUGGCCUGACGAGAAUGGGUGGGAGAAGGCCACUGCCACCAAGCCUCCAAUGUUGCCGAAAGAGUUUGAUGACCCGGCCUUCUCCACGGUGACGAUCCAGAGGGACCUGUACUAUGGUUAUGAUACGUUGAUGGAGAACGUCUCUGACCCGUCCCAUAUAGAAUUUGCUCACCAUAAGGUCACUGGACGAAGAGAUAGAGCCAAGCCUUUGACAUUCAAGAUGGAAUCAACUGGCGCCUGGGGUUACUCAGGGGCAAAUUCUGGUAAUCCUCGCAUCACUGCAACUUUUGAGGCCCCGUGCUAUGCAUUAAACAAAAUAGAGAUAGACACAAAGUUGCCCAUUUUUGGAGACCAGAAAUGGGUUAUAUGGAUUUGCUCGUUUAACAUUCCAAUGGCACCAGGGAAGACUCGUUCUAUUGUCUGCAGUGCUCGAAACUUUUUCCAGUUUACAAUGCCAGGAAAAGCAUGGUGGCAGCUUGUCCCUCGAUGGUAUGAACAUUGGACUUCAAAUUUGGUCUAUGAUGGUGAUAUGAUCGUUCUUCAAGGCCAGGAGAAGAUUUUCCUAGCUGCAUCCAAGGAGUCUUCUGCAGAUGUUAACCAGCAGUACACAAAGAUCACAUUCACACCCACACAGGCUGACCGUUUUGUUUUAGCAUUCCGCACAUGGCUAAGGAAAUUUGGCAAUAGCCAACCUGAGUGGUUUGGAAGUCCUAGCCAAGAAGCAUUACCUUCUACUGUCCUUUCAAAGCGCGAGAUGCUAGACAGAUUCGAGCAGCACACAUUGAAAUGCUCAUCUUGCAAAGGAGCAUACAAUGCAUUCCAGACUCUGCAGAAGGUCUUCAUGGGAGCGACGGUAGUGUGCUGUGCUACCGCUGGGAUUCCUGCUGAUGUUCAGAUCAGAAUACUGAUCGGUGCAGCUGCUUUGGUCAGUGCCGCGCUGGCAUACGCAUUCCAUGAUCUCCAGAAGAACUUUGUAUUCGUAGAUUACGUGCAUGCUGACAUUGAUUAAAAUUUUUGAGAGGGUCUGGUGUAGCGACGCCACACGCUCAUGUCUCAUAUCUGUAACCUAGGCGCAUAGCUCGGGAAUGUAACCUGCGCCACACCCCCCCCCCCCCCCCCCCCCCACA